ACUCUACUGUCUUGACAACGAAAACAACCAGCGGGUGACUAAACAGCCUACUUUGAGUCAAUGAUCGCCAAUUUUCGCCCGAAAUUUCUUGUUGCAAUCACAUUGACAGUACAUACGUUUGUAUGUUGAAAUAUAAUGCCAGAGCAAUUUCGUAACAGGUAAGCUUAUGUAAAAUUCCAUCACUCCAUUCCUUUGCUCUUGACCUAUGUUCUGCUUGAAACCAUCGUCCGGCUUCGAUUUGCGAAGGCACGCAACAAUCGACUUAUGCUAUCAAAGACUACAUUUUGUGCUUUUGUCAAAUAUCUAAGGGAAUAUAUUUGGGUAAUUUCGAAAGAGAAUUUUAUUCUUCUGUCCGCCAGUGAAUUUGUAAUGCAAUCGAAGGUCGAGUUUCUUAAAGAUAAAGCAAAUUGUGUUCGAUCACAAUUAUCAUUAUUGGUUUGAGUGAACUUCAAACAAAUUCGCUUCCCUUAGGACUACAAUGGCGAAAUAUAUUAAACUUAGUGGUAAUUUAGGAUUUAACUGAUCGUAUUUCGUUCCGAACGUUGGUUUCUCUUCUAUGAGUUACGGUAUUCCUCGCAACACGUCUAGGCGAUUGGAGAAUUCGGUACAUAUAUCCCAUUUCGCGACGGUGAUUCUCACUCUGACAACUUGUCCAGCUUUGUUUACACGUGGAUUUCAACUUUGGUUCCCUGAUUCAUAAAAGACGGCAGGGGAGUCUAAUUUAUCUACUUUGUCUUAAAUAAUAACCAGUCCCGAUAAAUUUUUAUUUGACACAGAGAUAUUUUGCGGCUUCGGUCACGCAUAAAAACGAGAAUGAGUGAGAUUUUAAUGACACCAGGAAAAAAAAAUUCAAUCAUUUACAAUUUUUGGGAUCUAUUUUAGUUAUGAGUUUUCUUUCCAUCACAGAAUAACUUCGAACACAUGUGAUACAUAUUUACUGAGAGAGAUUGCUUGGGAAGCGUUUUGAUGUUACGUAAAAUUUUAUACUGCUCGGAGCACCAGGGUUGCGUGACAAAACAGAAGUCACACAAUAUUGUGAGGCGCUGCCUUAAAAUUCACCCAGUUUUCUUUUUCAUUUUUAGAGCAAAGCAGGACAGGCUUCGCCGAGAGAUGCAAGAGAAGUACGAAAGUUCAUUAUCCACUCCUGUUGGGAUGAAGACUUUUCGGCUGCAACCGUCACUUGACAAUACCUCGAUAAUGAAGGUUAGCAAUCAGUUUUCUUGAAAGUUUUUGAUAACAUAGCAGAGUACUAGUAAUUAAGUGAUAAUUUUCUGGGAUAAUUGGGAUGGACUUGUAUAUGAAGCCUAUGUUGAGUAAGAAACAAAGUUAUUUGUUACUUCAUUCCAUCGAGACUGGGAUAACCUGCGGCAGUGAUGAUCUGUUAGGUUUAACUGUGAGACAACUUAAAUACCACUGGGGGAACCAUGAAGGAUACCUUUAUUACUUUCGGAAUAUUCUAUAGGCAUCUUGAGAAAUUGAACUGUCUUCAGGGGUAUAGCUGGGAUUUGUGGGAGGGGAGGUCACAUCCAUACUACUUCUGCAAGCGUCAUGUCAUCAUACAAGCUGUGUUUUACUAAAAGUGACAAUUUGUCUGAUGCGGCAAUAAGUGAUUCGUGCAAUACAGAUUCUUUGGAUUCACUUUCUUUUGUUACCCGAUUGUAAGGUUAAAAAAAAAAAAUAAAAAAUAAAUCAUCUCAGUAAGAGCCCUCACCUACAUCCCUGUUCUUCACUAUGUAAGGCAAUUUUCAAAUAUUCAAUUUUCUGAUCAGCUCCCGGUUGGCUUGUUAGUUCAGUUGGUAGAACGCUGCACUGUUGUCGCACAGGUCAUGAGUUCAAAUCCUGUACGGGCCUGAAUUUUUUUCAGGCCUUGUUUCAACUACUAUCUCAGUAGUGUUCAUAGCUACGAGGAUCGCUUAUGUUAGUCUCUUCACCGCAGUGCACAUAUGUCAGCUGCAAUAAGAGUCGCGCAUAGAUUAGAAGUUUCACUGCGUUAGCUUUAUUUUCCCCACAAGCUACUUUGAAGCAUGGUCCAUCGGUAUAAAUAAAAGUUGAAGAUGCAUGGGAAGUUAACUCCAGUCAUAAAACACGGCCAUUGUCUUUUAAAAGCUGCCUUUCCGAAAUAUGAAUCUCUCAAGGAAAGUGGCCUUCAGUAAACUAAGUUCUAUUGAAGAUAUGGCGAGCUCAGAAGUGUUACUUUGAGAAGAAAUUUGGAUUAAUGAUGGUAAUUGGACUGAAUGGAUUCCAAUUCGGUCUGUAAUCAUACGAGUGAUUAACAAAAUUGGACGGCCGCGAGGCGGGAGUCUAAUUUGUUAAUCAUGAGUGUGAUUACAGACAGAAUUGGACGACACAAAGUCCAAGUUAAAAAAUUCCUCAACUUUGGAAAUUCCACAACUUAUUUAGGAUAAGUAAUUGUUGCUAUGGUUAUUGUGAUCAAUUCUGUGAUUGGUGGAUUUGACUGAAAGGACUAAGUAUGAUUGGCUGCUUCAACUGUCCUAUAACUGGUGUCCGAUUACAGCCAACUGCCCGAUUACACUGUCCGAUUACAACUCUACAGAAUGAUUAGAGAAAAAUAGAGCACCUACUGCACCAAUCACAUUUGGGGAAAUUGAGAUGGUUAUGAUUACAAAGAUAAUCAUUUGAGAGCCUUGGUGUCAAACUGAAACAAAAGGUGCUAAGGUGCGCGCGAGACCUUUUUGGGUCAGAGCGUCUAACGCGGAGGUGGUCACGCGAGAAUGUCCCGCGGUAAGCCCGCCACGAUCAAAGGGCUGUGGUGCUGUUUGUCCAUAAGUUCUGCUCGCAAUCACUUCGGCAAUUUCAGUACAGUAGCGGAAAGAGAUUUUUACUACAUACUAUGGAAGACUUACGCAAGUAUCCCUGAGAAAGUAUCAUUUCCUGACCCAGAAUUUUUUAUUUGUCCGUCUUAUUUCCAAAUUUUGCACCAUUUAAGCUCGACAUUGAUACACUUUUAUUACAAGAAACUCAAUUGAAGUGACUCGAUGCACGCACACUGACCACUGCAUUGUAUGCUAAAUAUUUUGAAUUUCUUAAAAUCUUUCACCACGCAAAGUAAGAAUUUACAAAGAUUACAGAUUAAAUCAGUCAAUUCUUAAUCAUGCUUCUGAAGUCUUAUUAUCAAAGGUAUUUUUUAUUGUAGUCUCGUUGUAAGUGUGGACGGUAGCAAAAGUUCUGACAAGAGUAAAAUAAAGAAACUAAAAAAGGGAAAGACCAAAAAUGAUUUAAAAAUAAAAAACCGUUAGGGUUUUCUUCUCACUUUGCAAAGACAGCAGUCUGAAAAGAUGACUCUGUAAGCUCGUUUCACAGUAUUUUUUCCCAAAUUUGACCAGUAUCGUCGUAGCCGUUGCGGUUAAAAUGCGUUUUCUUGAUUAUUCUCUGAACAUGUGAGUAAGUGGACCUUUAUUCUUGUUCAGCUUAUUGGUUUUUCUGUGUCAAUGAUUGCGUGAUAGAAGAGUCGAGAGUAGAAUGGGGAGUGCGUUUUUCUGACAUGACUGAGAUAUUACGAGUGCCCUGAUUGGUCAAAAAAAAAAAACCAACAGGAAAUUGAAUGGGCGUUUAUUUCAUAAGAGCAAUAGACCGCACUUUGAGUUCCCCACUUUCUAUCGGUUUACCGACGUAACAAUCCACUCGAAAAUUGUGUAAAUCACUCGGCUUAGGCUCGUAAUUAACAAACUUUUCUCGUCUUCUCUCAACAUUCCGCGUGUUUUAUUACGCUGGUAAACGAAUAGGAAGCGUGGUCUUCUUCUUGAAUAUUCAUUUAAACUAAUUUUUUAAGUUUCUUUUUCGGAUUAUAGAGGUUAAACCGGUGAAUGUUGCAUUUUGCAAUUAUAACUUUUGAAGAUAUAAUAUUCCUUCAUUUUUAUAAUCAUCCUAGCGGAAUUCUUAAAUUUUUAAUUUGGUACUUCUUUCUUCAAAGUCACCGAAGUCGUAAAUAAAUUCUAAAACGGAAAGAAUAUGAAAAGAUUACAAUAAUGUAUUGAAUAUGAUUGCUAUCUUUUGUAUCCGUCGAAAUUCAUUUCGUGGCAGGCUUAUUUACAUACAGAGCAAAAUUCUGUUGACUUUGUUAACCAGCUGCUAAGGAUUUAAGUGGUUUUCCUGUUACAGUAUUGGUGACAGUGAAAUUGAUCUCUUUUCGCCGAAGUGUCAACAAUUCUCUCCUUGGCAACAGCUCUGCUUUUUGUUUUUGUGAUGGAAAUUUUUUCAAUUUUGCAAUCAAAUCUCGAGUGUGAAAACUUUUGUGUGCCACAAGUCGAGCAUGGCCUUUCACAUCAGCCUGUUGGCUUUUUCAUUAGCAAGCUCAUGGAAAUCGCGAUAGAGUGAGGCAAUUAAUGGGUAAAGUGUCUCGAUGCAAAUUUGCCCUCCUGUCAUAGUUACCGUCUACGUUUUGCACUGGCAGGUUGAUAAUUAAACCUUUGCCUUCGCCAAGAAAAUGCGGGAAACUCUUGCACCAGUGAAAUGCGUCGUACAAGAAAAGAAUGCCAAUUUAGACGUGAAUAUAAUCAGGAGGGAUCGUGCUAUUUUAUACCGUGUACAACCGAGAAAAGUCAUGACAGUUCGGAAAGAAGCUUUGAAAUGGAAACAGGUUCCUGUGCCACAGGUCGAAGAGCUCAUUACUGUUGUCUUGGAUCAAAAUGACAAACAAUCUUCUUCAAAGGUUAUUUAUGUCAUGUAUAAACAUGUUUGUUUGUUUGUUGUUAAGAGUAAUUUUUGUGAGUUGAUGUAUGCAAGCAGCGACAUGUUAUCCUUCUUUGGAGGUCUUAGGCUGCGCGAAGAUCAUUGAAAUAAAUGCAAACACCGCCUUAUUUUUGCGGUAAAAGUUUCUGAGUAUCAUUUGCGGUAAUGGAAGGUCGAGGCAGCUGCGAGUUACAGCCAUUUCGUGGAUAUUUAUCUCGAUUCGCAGCUCACUGAAUCUUUCGGCUCCCAUUGUCAUUUUUUCCUUUUUCAUUUGUAUCAACGCUUUCAUCAAAUACCGCUUUCAAGUUGAGUAAUGCACGUUACAUUGAGCAAAAUUAUUUCAAGUUUGUGUUAAAAAUUUUGAUGUUUUCCGUUUAAAGGCUUGCGUUUUUUGUUUUCCUUUAAGAUUUUGAGUGUUUGUUUGCGGCCCUUUUGUAUUCAUAGGUGUAACUCUGCUUACUUGCUGAUUAGUUGCUUUGAACAAUUGAGCCUCAAUCGAACAACUGAUCACUCCAAAAAAGUCCAAACAUAGUCCUUGUAACGCAAUACCACGCAAGGAUAGCUGAAUCCUCAUUGCGGAAAUUUCCAUGGUUAUAUUCGUUUGGGUUUGCUUAUUAACAUGCAUUUAACCUAAUUGUCGAUUGAACCGCACGAAUCCAAGCAGGAUUAGCUAGCAAAUCUGUUACAGCCUUCAUUCAUACACUUCUCGCCGUCAAUAUCGAAGAUAUCAGUUAAUCUCUGGUUGUUUUUGUACAGUUUAGUGUUGUGGAUAUUAUUUACAACUUUUUAUUUCGCUUUUACCAUUGCGCGUAGCACACGCUCGCGAUUCGUGGUUCAUGCUGCGGAUAUGAUCCACGCGAGGAUCAUCCUGUGUUCAUAGCUAGUUGUAAUGUGUUGUUGAAUUGUCGAAAGUGUUGUGGGCGACCUCCUGGGUAGCUGGCGCUCGGUAAGAGAGUUACCAAUACGCGCGCGUGGGAGCAGAAACGCGCGCGAGAGAGGCUUCUUUCGCGUGUGGUUCCUCUUAACGUCGCGCGAAUUCAUUCUGUGCGGUCUCGCUUUUGGGUUACAGCCUGUAAUCCUAAUUUUUAUUUUUAUUUUUUUAUUUUUUUUCAAACAGUAUCAGUCAAGACCCUCCAGUAGUGCGUCAUAUUCUCAGGGACAGUCUCCCAGGCACACAUCAAGUCCCCUAUCACCUGAACCUCCAGUACAGCGGGCCGGUAGCGCCGUGAGAACUAACGGAGGAAGGACCCAAUCAGCCAGGUCCAUAGGGACACAAACAUGGCGAGUUUUCAUUUGACCUUGCGGUGAUAAAUUUGAAUUUUUUUAAAAAUUGAUUUUCGCUCAAUGAAUCACACUAAUUUAAAAAGCACGCUGAAUUCUUCUCUCAAAUAUAUGUACCGCCAUUUCUUUACAGUCUUGAGAGGGCAGCUAGCGCAGGCGCAGUGAGAGAAAAACCUCCAGCGCCGGAUAACAGACCACAUGACAGGCCAGGUUAGUUUCGUCACUUUUCAUUGGUAAACCGGACUGCUGCUCACGGGUCUCUUAAGAGAACAAGUUUUGAACCUUACGAUGUGUUUUAAAGUCGAUUUUUUAUAGGUACUUUCUCAUUUUUGCAACUGCAAGUCGGGAAGACAAAUAAAUGUUUAUCAUGGGGGUGGUGGAGAGGCUUAGGAAGGAGGGGGCAGGAGUGGGGAAACUAUAUAGCUUACGUUCUUUUUCAGGUUCGUCUUUUAGCAACCACAGUGUAACAUACAGUUCCCGAAGUGCCUCCUGUCAGCCACCUCGCAUGUACGAACGAGAAGGAAUACGCACUGCAGCGAAGUUGAACCGACCGCCGAGCAAGGUCUACCUCUGCCAGGAAGAACGGGAGCGGGUACGUUCGGCAGGGCGCCCGAAGACCCCGUCGAGAUUCGACGGAACGCCGGUUGAGCUGCCAAGCUUUGUGAGAACGAACAAAUUUCUCCGACAUGAGGAUUUGAGCAUGGGACAGAAGCAAUACAUCUGGGGAGUGGCUCGGAUCUACUCUGUCACCCAACUCAUGAAUCUUAAGCAAAGGCAGUAUCAGAAUCUACUGGAUUAUGAAUUUAGUAGAAGAAUUCAAAAUAAAGAGCUGAAAGAACAUGAGAGAGUGAAAGAGUGGAAAGAUUACCAGCGCUACUCCAAGUUUAUCAAAAGAUACGAGCAGGUAAGACCAUACACUCACUCAAGCUAAUUAAACUUAAAUUAUUGUAAUAUCUGAGGCCCUACAAUUUAUCUCGUGGCGUCAAUCAAUAUUGAGCCAAAAGUGGGGUCAAGAAAGCAUGCCUUGUCGUUUCUAGUUUUCAUACAGCUGCUUUGUUUUUUUCGGGGAUUGUUGGGGUCGUGGGGGGGAGCCCCUUGCUAGUUUUAUUUUAUAUAUCGCUUGCGAUGUUUUUAGAACUCGACCAAGUCGUUCUAGGAAUAAAUAACGCAUCCAUCGAAUAGUUGGCUGUAUGGAACUUUGCUCGUGAAGAAACUGUUUUUUUUUUUUUUUAAGGAGUGGAGGAAGAUAAGGAACCAUAAGCUCUAUCGAUUAACUUUUGCUUUGAGAUAGAUUUGAAGCCAGGAAACUUUUCUGUUUAUCGUAGCGGAUUCCACGGAACAGGUCAAGCCCAGCAAGCUCGCCUUGCGAGGAAGCCUCGCAUGUUCACAGACAUAUGAUCAAAGGUUGGACCACAGACCCACAUGCAAAUGAAGCUUAUAGACCAUCCAGUAAAACGGGUUAUGGCGCCAGGGAGCGACAAACGUCUCCUGAUACCCCCCCUGAGAGUACGCGGGAAAAAGAAGAGGAUGGUUUCAGUAGUGAAACUGAGCAGUACAGGCUCAGGUUGAUUUUUUUGCCGGGAGACAAUGAGAAGAACGGGACCGAAGAUGUUACGACAGGUUAGUAAAGGAUAGAGGGUGGCUUUCACUAUCAUGUCAUCAAAAAUGUAUAAUAUAUUCAAAACAAGUAUAGCGAUUGGAAAGUAAUUAAAACAACUGAUAUCUAGUUUUGACAUGAAGACAGAGAAUAGACACUGCAAACCAGCAAACAUUCCUCAAAAAUUGCUUCGACUGCGCAGGGGGCUUCUAGUUUUUUUCUACAUAGAAAUUGUUUUUCCCUCGUCCGUUUUUUUUUGUUCCGCGCAACGUCAAAUGUCAUGUGAUAGGGGAGUAUUUACCGACUUUAUCUUCAAAACAAAGUCCCCUGUCACGAUGAAAACUUACUGAAAUGUUGGUUUUUUUAGAGGUUUAUGUCUGUCUGUUUUGAAUUUAGAUUUCAUUACAUCAAUUGGAAAAUCAAACACAUGCAGAUAUAGAUUCCAGAUUCCCUCAGCGGAUAGACGAUCUUUAAGUAUUGAUUCCAAUUGGUUUUUUUCAGAUUGAGGCUCUGACGACAGUCUGGAGAAUUCACCUUUUUAUCAAGAACUGAGACAGACUAUAUGAACAUAAUUUUGGUUUAUUAUUUCUUGUAGAAUCCGAGACAGUAGAACAAAAUAAUCCUCAAGACACAGGAGAAGGGAGCGUUCUUAAUGCACCUAAUGAAAACGAUGAAAGGAACGAUACUCCGGUACAUGCAGGUAAUGCAAAGAGCGCCUAAACAGAUCGUGAUCUGUUUUCGUUGUUUUUGUUGUUGUUUUUUUUUUGACAUGAGGCAAUAGCUGAAGACGAGAACAGCGUAGGACGAGAGGAGAAUGGGACAAGACACACCCCGUUUUCAUCCUGUCAAUAAACGCUCAUGCAAUGUAUCAGUAAGCCCUCAUCGAACGGAGUUGAACAACUUGGGCUAAACGUUUCAAGAUUCGUUAAUCGCAACUCGGCUUGUUAUCUUUAUCUGACAAGGUUUCUGAGCAGAUUAGACCAUAGUCCGAAGACGAUUAAAAUCACUUUUCUAAUUCUUAAACGCCAAUUCCUUAAUUAUCUAUGAUUCCUCAAUUUCUUGUUUAUUUCCUUGAAAAGAUCAUCCAAUGAGUGAGCAGUGGUUGUUUGGCAAGUUGCGAUCAUUUUUAACCUAAUGUGUUAUAGUAACACUACUGCUUCUUACCAAAAACCUCCUCUUUCUACCUCUAUAUAUAUAUAUAUAUAUAUAUAUAGGAAGUCUGCAAGUCGAUUGUCGCGUGGAACAGUGCUCAAUACGUUGAAGCAGAGCAGAAUAAAUAUUAUGAGAGGGAAAAAGGGACGCAACUACAUUUCCCGACAAGCCUGUUUCGUGAAUCGCUUCACUCUUCAUUAAACCCCUGAAGAGUGAAGCGAUUCACGAAACAGGCUUGUCGGGAAAUGUAGUUGCGUCCCUUUUUCCCUCUCAUAAUAUAUAUAUAUAUAUUUAGAUAGAUGCUUAUUUCUUUUCCUAUUUUUUUUAAUUCUAGAACGGAAAGAAGAAGAAGAGCCUUCAGCUGAUAGCGAGAAUUACCUUUAGAUUGGUGGAAAUUACGCAAUCAGAUUUUGUACAGUGUGUGUAAUUCUAACCAAAGAUCGAUAGAAAUCGAAUUGACCAGAUAAUUACCUCGUUUCCAGGCGUUCACGGAGUAAAACGAAGCGCGAUAUUAAACGGCUUGAUAGUAGCUAACCCCUAGGCUUCCCUCGUUUGUCGCUAUUAUUAUUAUUAUUAUUAUAUAAUAUAGUAAUAUAUUACUAAUUUGCCGCUACUGUCGCACCGUUAAUUUCGCACCCAGAUUCCACAGUAUAACUAAACAACCGCGUGGCCAUGAAAGGUCUGGGUAGGAGUUUAUUGCGCUGUUUGCUAUUUCGCUCAGAUUUUGCACCGUUUUACUUGCUGAACGCCUGACACUGGUUACUAGAUAACAUAUUGGUUGUUUUCUUUUCUUAAUUUACAAAUUUAGCAAGUGAAUUAUAUGUAUUUUGUAUGAAAAAGAAGAUAGGGAAUAGAGUGAUUAAUGCACGAGCUUCUACAUAGGGGGGCAGUGAGAUGUUUACUGCGCGUCAGGCGCGCAUUGCAACGAUUGAGUGUCGAAAGAAACCAGGCAUUGCAUUGCAUGAAAGCGGUAAGCUUCUAAAGAACUGUGGUGCUGUGUCAGUGGGAGAGUAUUGCAGGAUAAUUUAGUAUCAUCAAAUGAGUUGAUAAAGAAAACUGGCCACCGUAAAGAGUUUCAAAGCUGACGUUUCGAGCGUUAGCCUCUCGUCAGAGUUAAUGAGGAAGGGCUAACGCUUGUAACGUCAGCUUUGAAACUCUUUACGAUGGCUAAUUUACGUUAUCAACUCAGUUGAUAGUACCGAUAGAGGGUACUUAAAUGUGGUGACGUCAAACUUCAUACCUGUCGAGUAACUGUCUCCGCUUUCAAGUGCAUUCGGAUGUGCGUGAAGAGUGGAGAGCAUUUUGCAGGAAAGAUUUGUCAUGUAAAACACUAAACCUUUGUUUUCGAACAAUUGUCGUCUCUGUCUAUACUUUAAAUUUAAAAAAUGCACAGUUUGCAUUCAAG